AUGGUCGAGAUACCGACAGCCGUGACUCGACUACUGCCAAAAUCAGAGAAAUCAAAAUAUCACUCACUUCUUUGUGUGAACUUUGUUUUCCUACUCACCCUCACAUUGGCCUUUUUUGCCUACACUCUCUUGAGCCUGAAUAAGCAGAAACCAAAAUACCUGCUGGCGAAGGAUAGCAUAACGGUUAGAGAAGUAGAUCACCUGAAAAUAGUGAAUGUGUCCAGGAUGUAUUAUCAGUCGAAACUAAUAGCACCCAACAGCGAAAACAUAGUCAUGCAGACCCCUUGGCUGGCUCCCAUCGUGUGGGAUGGGACUUUCCAAAUUGAAAUCCUGAACCAGCAAUUCCGGCUCCAGAACGUCUCCAUUGGGUUAGUUGUGUUUGCCACCGGAAAAUAUGUAGCCUUCCUAAAAGUGUUCCUGCAGACGGCGGAGAUGUACUUCAUGGAGGGACACCGGGUGAAGUAUUACAUUUUCACGGAUCAGCCAUCCAGUGUGCCAUUCCUGAAGCCCUAUAAAGGAAGGCAGAUGGUAAUUCUGGAAGCCCAGGGCUCUGCCCACCCCUGGAACACUCACAUCCACAGAAUGGAGGUGAUCAGCUAUUUUUCCCAGCAGCGCUUUGCAAAGGAGGUGGAUUACCUGGUCUGUGCACACGUGAACAUCGUUUUCUGCAACAGCGUGGGCGUGGAGAUCCUAUCCUCCUUGUUCGGCACGCUGGACCCUUUGUUCUUUGGGUUACCAAGGAAAUCGUUGGCUUACGAAAGGCAGCCUCAGUCACAAGCCUAUAUUUCUGAGAACGAGGGAGAUUUUUACUACUCAGGGGCCUUCUUUGGGGGAAAGGUCCUGGAGGUUCACAGGCUCACCAAGUUUUGUUACCAGGCAAUGAAGAUGGACCAGGCCGAUCACAUCAAGGUCCCGAGGCAUGAUGAAAGCUACUUGAACAAGUAUCUCCUUUACAACAAGCCCACCAAGAUCCUCUCUCCUGAGUACAUGUGGAAUAAGAAACUUCCAAACGGACACAGCUUUAAAGAAGUGUUGACAGACGCGGGAAUGCUCAUAAGAGUCAGCAAAUAUCCCUGGACUGAUGCUGAGCAAGACUACCAGAAAGAUCUCAGACUGGGUCAGUGA